ACUUACCGGUACCUGUAUAAACAAAGAUUAAAAUCCCCAUCAUAUAUACUGUGAAUACUGUGUAGGCUAUAUUGAAUUACAUGUAUAGUAUAGGUGCGAUCAGAAAGAUGUCCUGCUGUCAUAGGCUACGCAUCUUGAAGCCUAAUUUGUAAAUGCCUCCGUUAUGAGCUGCAUAUCACCUUUCAUAACCCAAAAACAUACUCCUGUUUAUGUUGUCAUAAACAAAGGAUCAAUUUCAUGUUUACAUGAAAGAUUAGUUCAAGAGAGAGAGGAAGGAAGGAAGGAUGCACUUUACAAGCAAAGACUGUCUGGUUUACAAGUAUUCUAACAGGGCCUGAAUUAAUAACCUGGAUGUGAAUCCUACUGUGUACCGGAUAUUCUUUCAUUUUAGCUGAGAAAGGAAAAUGGGCAUGCUAAUUGUUAGCCUCUGGAAAUAUUGACAUUAUCCACCAUCAUUGUGUUUUCUGAUCUUGAAGGAGCUUAGCAUUCCACAAAGAACGUUAAGUAAGUAGGAAAGUAGUUAAAGUAUUCAGACACAACAUAGAAGUUGUUGGGAUUUCUGCAUCCCAUCAUCGUCCACCCCUAACACAAAGUGAUGACCUCACAGCAGCAUCUCCUCCCCAAUGCAAACGUCAACCCUCCCCUCCUCGUCCCCCAGAACUCGUCAGCUCACCACGGUAGACCUCACAUUAAUCCAAACCAGCUGGACUCUACUCAGAGUAGUGCUGCGGGGCACCUUGCCCCCCACAGAGGUCUGAUGGGUGGUGUGGGGUCCUCAUCGGUGGGGACCUCCAGUGGAGUGGCAGUGAACAGGGGCGCCUCGGCCUCCUGCACUAACUCUGCCACCCCCAGGAGGCACUCGUCGGGACGCUUCGAACACUGGCCUGAGGAGGCCGUAGACAACUCUUACGGCUUGUACUCACUACACCGCAUGUUUGACAUAGUGGGAGCCCAGCUCACGCACCGCGACGUGCGAGUGCUCUCCUUCCUGUUCGUGGACGUCAUCGACGAGUAUGAGCGCGGAGGCAUCAGGAGCGGCCAGGACUUCCUGCUAGCUCUGGAGCGCCAGGGGCGCUGUGAUGAGACCAACUUCAGACACGUCCUGCAGCUGCUCCGCAUCAUCACACGCCACGACCUGCUGCCCUACGUCACACUCAGGAAGAGACAGACCGUGUGCCCAGACCCAGUGGAUAAGUACCUGGAAGAGACGUCGGUGCGUUAUGUGUCCCCCAGAGGAGGAGAGAGCAGGGAGGCUGCACCCCAUAGGAGGACAGGCCCCCAACCAGUAAUAUGCUGUUCUCCAUCGGGACCCCAGGUGGGCUCCCCCCGCACCAAGCCAGGCCCCCCAUUACCCAGCCGCAAGAGGAAGAGGGCCCACACCACAGGAGACUGCAGGGAGAAGCAAACCUGUGACAUCCGCUUACGAGUGCGUGCCGAGUAUUGCCAGCAUGAAUCAGCGCUUCAGGGAAACGUCUUCUCCAACAAGCAGGAGGCUCUGGAGAGGCAGUUUGAGAGGUUCAACCAGGCAAACACUAUUCUCAAGUCCCGGGACCUGGGCUCCAUAAUCUGUGACAUCAAGUUCUCAGAGCUCACAUACCUAGAUGCUUUCUGGCGGGACUACAUCAACGGCUCCCUGCUGGAGGCCCUGAAGGGUGUCUUCAUCACAGACUCACUCAAACAGGCGGUGGGCCAUGAGGCCAUCAAACUGCUGGUCAAUGUAGAUGAGGAGGACUAUCAGGCCGGCCGCCGCAAGCUGCUCCGGAACCUGGUCACUGGAGGUGGGGCCGGGGCUGCAGCCGCACCCGAAGGGAGCAGAGGGACUCCAUCCUCCUAGAAGCGCAUGUCUGCUUCUUUUUGAGUGGGCACCCGUGUCCCAAAUAAGAGAACUUGACUUGACAGAAGCAAGGAAAGUGGAAAGUACGGUCUGAUUCACAAAGAAGUAUGCUGGGUGCCCUGCCCUUUCAUCUAUGAAGGGAAUGUGAAAUAAAAGUGAGCAAGAGUAAGUUGAGUUAGAUGUAUGGAACACAGACAUAAGAUAAGUGUUUUGAAUGUUGAAGGUUUUGUUUUUUUCUGCUGGAAGGACAAUGCUAAUAUUUUAUAUUGUAACUUGUGAAUUGACUAUAAAAUCUGAUUUAACAUUU